GGUAGAAACAGAAGCUGGGACAGCUGUGGUUCUGUUUGCCAGAAUGGGGGCGGUGGACUGUCACUGCCAUCUCGCGGCACCCGAGUUUCAAAGGGACGUUGAAACAGUAUUGGAAGAUGCAAAGAAGUCUAAAGUUUUUGCCCUGGUAGUAGUUGCUGAACAUUCUGGUGAUUUCACAAAAAUUAUUCAACUUUCAGAAAGGUAUCCAGGAUUUGUUUUUGCAUGUUUGGGCAUCCAUCCAGUUCAAAGUAUUCCAGGUGGACAUGAACGCAGUGUUAUUUUAAAGGAUCUGGAAGAAGCAUUCCCACUCAUUGAGCUGUAUCAAGAUCAUUUGCUGGCCAUCGGGGAGAUUGGUUUGGAUUUUACUCCCAGGUUUGCCAGCAGUGAUGAACAGAAGGAAGGACAACGUCAAGUCUUGAUGAAACAGAUUCAACUGGCAAAACAACUUGACUUACCUUUAAAUGUUCAUUCCCGCUCAGCUGGAAGGCCAACCAUUAACCUCUUAAAGGAACAAGGUGCCGAGAAAGUGUUGCUCCAUGCAUUUGAUGGUAAACCAUCUGUAGCAAUGGAAGGAGUGAAGGCUGGAUAUUUUUUUUCUAUUCCUCCUUCAAUUACAAGGAGUGAACAGAAGCAGAAACUUGUGAAACAGCUGCCUCUGGAAAGCAUUUGCUUGGAAACUGACUCACCUUCCUUAGGUCCUGAGAAACAGGUGAGAAAUGAACCAAAGAAUAUCUUCAUUGCUGCAGAAUACAUUGCUAAAAUAAAAGGAAUUUCAGUGGAAGAGGUUUUAGAUGUAACAACACAGAACUCACUGAAGGUCUUUCCCAAACUGAAAAACUUUCUCAGGAUAUAGCUUAUGUUCUGUAGUAUCUGACAUUAAUUCAUCUAAAUAUAUAAUAAAUAUAUGUAUAAAUGUAAUUUUGUAAGAUGCAUAAUAUUAAAAUAUCUAAUAGAAGAGAAUAUAUGUAGCUCAGGGUUGAACUGUGAGUCCUUGGUGUUCUCUGAGCUUGGUUGUUUGUUUGCAGACAUUUCAUUACCUGACUAGUGCUAGUGAGUGUGGGGUUUGCUCCCUGUUUAUAUACAGUAGCUUGGUCUGCCAGUUUUGGUGGGGGUGUGGUUUUCUUGAUAGUUCCUUGAUUAGGCUAUUGUUUUCUGCUUCACUGUUUGUCUGGAGUUAAUCCCUGGUUAUCUGGGUGUUGGCUGCUGGAGAGGAUGUGUUCUGGUCUUUUUGUUUCCUUCCUGGCUUUUUUAUUGUCUCUUUUGAAUGGUAUGUGAAUGUGGUUUAUCUCUAUGUGUCUGUUGAUGUCUGAAUGCCAAGCUUCCAAGAAUUCCCUAGCAUUUUUGGAUCUAGCUUGGUCUAGGAUGCUCACAGUUUCCCAAUUGAAACUAUUGUUGGGUCUGUCCAUUUAUUGUCAAUAUCAAUACACUUUGGUAUUGAAGAUGCAUAAUUAUCAGUAAGACAGUACAUCAUCAGUAUAUACGUGGGAAAAAUUGUUGAUAGUCUCCCAUUACCAUGAUAUUAGGGAGGCCAAGGGUAGAAGAUGUUGCUUCUCUAUUGUAUGUUUUAUGGAAUAGCCUUCUGCAGGAGCUUUGGGUUGCUCUGACUACGUAGUAUUGUAAUGCUUUUCUGGAUGUUGUCAAAAUGGAACACUUCUAGAGUGCUUUUAACUAAUUAACAUAAUGCCACUGGAGCUGUUAAUUGUCAUUGAGUUUGUCCCACUUCUGUAUGACAAGAAACUGUACCACCAGUUUUCAACAUCUGUGGUCCCAAAAAGGGGGUUAAGGGCUGCAGGUAGGCGACCCCAGUACUACAUUGUCAUCCUGGAGGUAGGAUGACAUUUUCUUCCUUUAGAGUACUCUUAUGUAUUCUGUGAGAGCCAGUUUGGUGUAGUGGUUAAGGCACUGGGCUAGAAACUGGGAGACCAUGAGUUCUAGUCCCUUCUUAGGCACAAAAGCAGCUGGGUGACCCUGGGCCAGUCACUCUC